UUAACAACCCACAUUCAGAUAAAAAAUAAUCCAUUCAAUGAAAGCAAAGAUUCUUGUUAAGUGCAUUAACAACAAAGAAAUUAAUUCCAGUUCCAUUAGUGUAUUCCAAAAAGCAGAAUGUUAAAAUUAUCUCAUUGACUGAAUUAUCUUAUAAAUACAACAAUAAUAAAACUCAAGUUAAAUAUGAGGAAAUCAAAUCUAUAUUUAAAUGAAUCUUCUCAAGAUCAAAUAUUAAAAAACAAUAAGCAAAUAACUAAAACUUAUAUCAUUCAUCAUAAAUAUACAAUAUGGAUGAAUUAUACUUAACUACAAUUGAUGUUGGACAAUCUAAUAAAGAAUAUCAAAUUAAAACUGUCAAUAGAAUAGAUAAUAAUCAAUUAAAUUUAGUAACUAUGAAUGAAAUAAAUCAAUAUCAUUCAAUGAUAUUUAAUCCAUAUAUACAAUCAAUCAAUAAAGUAACCAUAUUGAAUUUACAAUACCCUAAAAUACAAAUACAGAAACGAUUAUUAAAUAUUUUACAACAUUUAUUAUUAAUUUUCACCUUUUUACAAUUUUGUAUCAUUAUUUAUUUAAUUAAUCAGUAUGAUAUAUAUUUAAGAUUAAGAUCACCAUUAAAUGAUUUACCAAAUUAUACAGCUACACGAAUACCAUGGAUACCUGAACAAUAUAAAUUAAAAAAUCAAAUGAAUAUAAUUUGGUGGUCAAUUUUUAUGAUUUAUAUGCCAUUAGUGAUAAUAUUUUGUAAAUAUUACUUAGAGUUUAAUGAAAAUGAGUAA